CAAACAACACGGCGCGAAGCAGCAGAAUCAACGAUAUUACUUUUUGGCUCAAACUUCUACUCUAUAACCUCUUCCGACCUUCCCCUUCCGCUCCUCCUCCUCCUCCCCCGUUCAGCUCGGUACCCAAUUCUCUUCUUUCCUCCCAUUUCCUCCUCCGAAUAAGCCAUCUUCAGCUCCUCGCCGGGUUCAUUGUCGGCGUCUAUCUACGAUUACGAUGAAGGAGUGCGGCGACCACGGAUACUGCAGGCGCCGCCGCAUAAUCCGGCGAACCGUCUUCUGCAUUAUCUUAUUUAUAAUCCUCGUUCUCCUCGCAAUCCUAAUCGUCUGGCUCGUCCUCCGUCCCACCAAACCCCAAUUCUACCUACAAGACGCUCGGGUUCUCGGCUUCAACCUCUCUGCCCCAAAUCUCCUCUCCUCCACCAACCAUCCAAAUCACAUCUCUCCGAACCCUAACGAACUGCAAUACGGAUUCCUCUUCCUCUACGUCAAGAUCGCGGCCGCACUCCGGUGGCAGGUAGGUAGCUGGACCUCUGAUCGCUACCAUAUCUUUCGGGUCGAUUGUCCCGUCUUUUCUCACCUUCGCAAUCAUGCCAGUGGAGUAACCGGUUAUCCGGUUCCAGCAAUGGUCGACUGCAGCGUCGACGUGGUGAGCAUCCAUUCCAAUUUCCCGAUCUCGCCGCCGGCGGUGCUCGUCGUCUCUUUGGAUCUCUGUUUUGGUUUCAUUGAUUUCGUGGUUUUAUGGGCCGUGGUUUGGCUAUAG